AGAGAAUUGUUUAGUACAUUGGAAAAACAACCACUCUUCUACACCCAUCAGAGGAACAAGAUGGACAGUUCAGAGGACAGAGGGGAAGAAACACAGCACAACCCAAUCCACCAGGAGAUAACAGACUCACCUGUACCCAGCUGUACGUCCAUGCAGAGUGAUCAUUCUAUGGAUUUUCCAUUACAAUUUAGAGACUUCCCAACUGCUCAAAGAUACCAACAGGAGAGAUUAAAGUCAGAGAUUCCCAGUUAUCAGAGUCAAACAGAUCUGUCCUUCAUAUUUAAGUCGCUUGAAGACAACAUCAUCACUUUUGUGAAGAGAGAACUGAAGAGAUUCAAGAACAUUUUGAGUCCAGAUCUUCCAGAAUGCAUUGAGAAUCAGGAGGAUGAAGAAUUAGUGGAUGCCAAAGAAGUGAGGCAGGACAGCAGUGCCAGAGAGGGGGCUCUGAAGAUCACACUGCAAAUUCUGAGGAACAUGGACCAGCAGGAGCUCGCUGACACACUGGAGAAAAGUGUUUUGGGUGAACUUGCUCUGUGUCAACAUAAACUCAAAUCUAACCUGAAGAAGAAGUGUGAGAGUGUGUUUGAGGGAAUAGCAAAACAAGGAAACCAGACACCUCUCAAUAGGAUCUAUACAGAGCUCUACAUCACAGAGGGUGGAAGUGGAGAGAUCAAUAAUGAACAUGAGGUGAGAAAGAUUGAGACAGCAUACAGGAGAUCAGCAAGACAAGAGACACCAAUCAAAUGUAAUGACAUAUUUCAACCCUUACCUGGACAAGACAAAGGUAUCAGAACUGUGCUGACAAAGGGAGUCGCUGGCAUUGGAAAAACAGUCUCUGUGCAGAAGUUCAUUCUAGAUUGGGCUGAAGGAAAAGAACACCAAGAUGUCGAGUUGAUAUUCUCACUGCCUUUCAGGGAGCUAAAUUUGAUGAAGUCGAAAAAACGGAGUUUGAUGGAACUUCUUCAUCACGUUUUCACGGAAACCAAAGAAUCUGGAAUAACAGAUUAUGAAAAGUACAACGUUCUGUUUGUUUUUGAUGGUCUGGAUGAGUGCCGACUUCCUCUAGAUUUCCAAAACAAUAACAACUGCUGUGAUGUCACAGAGUCAACCUCAGUGGACGUGUUGCUGACAAACCUCAUCAAGGGGAAUCUGCUCCCAUCUGCACAACUGUGGAUAACCUCCCGACCUGCAGCUGCCAAUAACAUCCCUCCUGAGUGUGUUGACAGGGUGACAGAGGUACGAGGGUUCAAAAACACACAGAAAGAGGAAUACUUCAGGAAGAGAAUCAAUGAUCAGAACCUGGCCAGCAAAAUCAUCUCACACAUUAAGUCAUCAAGGAGCCUUUAUAUCAUGUGCCACAUACCAGUGUUCAGUUGUAUUUCAGCCACUGUUCUAGAGAGAAUACUUGGUCAAUCUCAAAGUGGAGUGAUGCCCAAGACACUGACCCAAAUGUACUCACACUUCAUGGUCUUCAACAAGCUAAUCAAAAACCUGAAAUAUUCUAAAGAUGCAGAGAAACCUGAGACAUCUGAUGAAGAGAUCAUUAUGAACCUGGGGAGGCUGGCCUAUGAACAACUGGAAAAGGGCAAUCUGAUCUUCUAUGAAGAAGACCUAAGAGAGUGUGGCAUUGAUGUCACAGAAGCUUCAGUGUACUCAGGAGUGUGCACACAGAUCUUCAGAGAGGAGUGUGGGUUGUACCAGAAGAAGGUGUACUGCUUUGUACAUCUGAGCAUUCAGGAGUUUCUGUCAGCGUUGUAUGUGUUUCUCACAUUCACCAAUAACAAUGUUAAUCUUAUGGACAAACAGCAAACCACCUCCAAAGAACCUCAGAUAUGUAAAUAUACACCUGCAACCAUCCUGCACAAGAGUGCAGUGGACAAGGCCUUACAGAGUGACAAUGGACACCUGGACCUGUUCCUCCGCUUCCUUCUUGGCCUCUCAAUGGAGUCCAAUCAGUCUCUCCUACGAGGUCUACUGACACAGACAGGAAGCUGCUCACAGACCAAUGAAGAAACAGUUGAGUACAUUAAAGAGAAGAUCAAGGAAAAUCCCUCUCCAGAGAGAUGCAUCAAUCUGUUCCACUGUCUAAACGAGCUAAAUGAUCAAUCUCUAGUUAAGGAGAUCCAAGCUUACCUGAGAUCAGGAAGCAUGUCCAAACAAGAACUUUCAUCUGCACAGUGGUCAGCUCUGGUCUUUGUGUUGCUGACCUCAGAAGAGGAGUUAGAUGUGUUUGACCUGAGGAAAUACUCUAGAUCAGAGGAAGGUCUCUUGAGAUUGCUGCCAGUGGUCAAAGCCUCCACAACAGCGCUGCUAAAUGGGUGCAACCUGACAGAGAAAUGUUGUGAUGCAUUGGCUUCAGCUCUCAGCUCGAACUCCUCACACCUGCGAGAGUUGGACCUGAGUAGCAAUGACCUGCAGGAUUCAGGAGUGAAGCUGCUCUCUGCUGGACUGGGGAGUCCACACUGUAAACUGGAGACACUAAGGUUGUCAUUCUGUGGAGUCACAGAGGAAGGUUGUGCUUCACUGGCAUCAGCUCUGAGGUCAAACCCUUCACACCUGGUAGAGCUGGACCUCAGCUACAAUCACCCAGGAGACUUAGGUGUGGAAUCAUUGUCUGCUGAACUGGAGGAUACACACUGCAAACUGGAAAAACUCAGUGUGGACAAUGAUGCAGAGUACUGGCUAAAAUCUGGCCUGAAGAAAUAUACAUGUGAGCUGACACUGGAACCGAACACAGCACACAGACUGUUAACUCUAUCCAAGGAGAACAGAAAGAUCACAUGGGGGAAAGAGCAGCCGUAUCCUGAUCACCCAGCGAGAUUUGAGUGUUACCCGCAGGUUCUGUGUCGAGAGGGUCUGACUGGGCGCUGUUACUGGGAGGUAGAGUGGAGUGGGUUUGGGGCUUAUAUUGGAGUGGCAUACAAAGGAAUCUGCAGGAAAGGAACGGAAAAUGAUUCUAUCCUAGGCCAUAACCGUAUGUCCUGGACAAUGCGGUGCGCUGAAGAUCAUUACAUUGCCCGGCAUAGUAAUAAGACCAUUACAAUACCCGUUCCCUCAGUCUACUCAUACAGAGUAGGGGUAUAUCUGGACUGUCCGGCCGGCACUCUGUCCUUCUACAGUGUCUGCUCUGGCACACUGACCCAUCUGUAUACAUUCCACGCUACAUUCACUGAGGCCCUCUACCCAGGAUUUAGGGUUUGGAAUGGUGAAUCGUCUCUUUCAAUUUAGCAGAUUAAAUACCCAGCAAGGGUUUUGGGGGAAUUUCGAACUACAGUACCAGUCAAAAGUUUGGACACACCUACUCAUUCAACGGGUUUUCUUUAUUUUUACUAUUUUCUCCAGAAUAAUAGUGAAGACAUCAAAACUAUGAGAUAACAUACAGUGUAUAUUGUCACGUCUACUCCCGCACCUCCUCUCCGGCACUCUAAGUCGCCAGGUUAUUCAUUAUUACGCACACUUGCCACCAUCAUUACCCGCACCUGAGGCUCAUGAGACUCACCUGGACUCCAUCACCUUCCUGAUGACCUCCCCUAUAUCUGUCACUCCCUUUGGUUCUUUCCCCAGAUGUUUUUGACUCUGUUUCUUUGUUUCAUGUCUGUAUGCUACUGUAAGAGUAAUAUAUAUAUAUAUAUAUGCCAAUUAUUUGAUGGUCUGACCGCAUUCUGUCCCCUAUUAACACUUUUUAAACUUCUGGUGCCAGAGAGAAUGACAUAAGAAUAUAGUCAAGACGACUAGCUUGAUUGAGCCUCUGCCCUGUAUAUCUCACUGGGUCAGGGUAUUUAAGCCUUCAUAUAUCCACUAGUUUCAAAAUAUCCAUGACAUUUGUGAAUUCCUGAAGUGCAUGAGGGUGAUAGUUUGUAGUGCGAUUUCCUUUAUGGCACAUAUAGGUAUUUAAAACCGUAUUAUAAUCUCCUACCAUAAUAAUAUAGUUUUGUAUUGCUUGUAGGGUUGAUCAAUUAUUAUAUGUAUUCUAAAAGAAGUGUGAAUCAUUAUUAUUUAGACUGUAAAGGUUAAUGAGCCAUAUCUGUUUAUUAAGGAGCCAUAUCUGUUUAUUAAUGAGCCAUAUCUGUUUAUUGAUGAGCCAUAUCUGUUUAUUAAUGAGCCAUAUCUGUUUAUUAAUGAGCCAUAUCUGUUUAUUAAUGAGCCAUAUCUGUUUAUUGAUGAGCCAUAUCUGUUUAUUAAGGAGCCAUAUCUGUUUAUUAAUGAGCCAUAUCUGUUUAUGGUCCAAUAACAUAUUUAAAAUCACCCAUCUACCUUGAGGAUCUGUUUGGACAAUUUGCACAUUUGGAUAAAAAUGACUGUUGAUACAUAUCAUCACCCCUUUUGAGUUUACUUUUGUGUUUCUUUAACCCCCAGUCAUUUUCCCACACAACUUCAUCUAACAUUGUUGAAUGAGUUUCCUGUAAAUAAUAGAUAUUAUAUUCCUUCUAAUCAAGCCAGGUACAUACUGAUUGUCUUUUCUUAUUAUCUGCCAAGCCAUUACCAUUAUAACUAGCUAUACUUAUUUCACCAUUUACCAUAAUGAUAUACAAGUUUCAAAUGUAUUUAUCAUAAUACUGUAUAUGUUUGUACAUUUAUCAUUAAAAAGUACCAUAGUGAUUGAGUGUCCAUAAAGCUGUACCAUGAUAUUUCCAUUGGUACUAAGUAACCCUCCGAUCCUGUAGAGGUUAACCAGUGUCAAGUUCUAGGUGAUGGAGAUCAGAUCCACCCCCUUCCCCUGAAACAAAAACACACUGGUCCCACUUUGUGACCAUUUUCCAAAGCAUCUGUGUGCAGUCAGAACUUUGAUUAUUUUGUGCCACCAAGAUGGGGUAGCAG